AUGAUGUUUUCUAGAUUAGCCAAAGAAUAUAUCGCCGGGAAUGAAAUUUGUUCUGGUUGUUAUCAGGAUGUAGAAACUAAUAAUAAUAACGUUCAAUGUCAAAGAGCAGAAAGUUUUUCUUUAGAAGAGUUAAAUAUCAAUGAUAAACAAGAGGAAAAUUUGUGGCAAUCUAUUAUCGACGAGUACGAGAAAAAACAAUCAGAGUACACCGAAUGGAAAAAAGAAAAGGAACGUUCGUCGAUCGUAAUACCUUAUCAAGAUGGACUAUCUAACUAUUUGAAUAGAAAAAUAUUUCCUUUAUUAUUACCAGCGAUGGAAAAUAUGCUAGUCGAAGCUCGUCGAUGGGACGCUCUUCGAAUACAAAAGUGUCGAUUUAAUGGCCUUGAUUAUUUGGCUGAAAUUUUGUGGAAUCUUAAUCCAAAAUAUCCAAAACGUGCACUUAAAUGGCACACGGUAUUUGAGAUACCGCAAUUUAAGUUAUUAUUACGUUUACAGUACGGUCGAAUGAGGUAG